AAAGACAUAGAUGAGUGUACAACACAAACUCACGACUGUUCUGCAAAUGGUGUAUGCACUAAUGCUGAAGGAUCAUUUCAAUGUGAAUGUCAACCAGGUUUUACGGGGGAUGGAAAAACAUGUGGUGGUAGGUUAAGUACAUAGAAUUGUUUCGAUUUAUAUCAAAAGCCUCAUCAAUUACUAAACCUGCUGUCAGGGUUAAAAUCAAUUCUUUGCGUUUCCAGACAAACACAGAUUUAGCUAACAGAAAACAACCGAGGGUACAAACCUUUUAUAAUAAUAGUUUUUAAAUACAUUCAAAUUGCGAUUUGUUCCUUUUUAUUUGUUUACUUUUGUUUUACUUACUUUUUGUUUAUAAUUAGUUUUUAAAUACAUUCCAACUGCGAUUUGAUCCUUUUUAUUUGUUUACAUAUGUUGUUCUAUCUCAUUUUAUUUUUACUUUAUGCAUACUUAUUUGUCUAUUUAUUUGUUCGAUUACCUAUUUUUAUUUCCUUUUUUUUAUUUCUUUUAUAGAUAUUGAUGAGUGUACCCUGCAAACUGACGACUGUUCUGCAAACAGCGUUUGCACAAAUGUGGACGGAUCAUUUAACUGUGAAUGUCAACCAGGAUUUACCGGAGAUGGGGAAACAUGCAACGGUAGGUUAAUUAAGAAUAGAAGCCUGUCUCAACAUACAUUAAAAACAUCGCUAAUGGCCCUGAUGCUCAUGGAUUGUUGAUCAAACUGUUUACUUAAUAGCGUUUUUUUUUUCUUUACUUUAACAAACCAAUGUAUUUUAUUUACAUAUGCAUGUAUAUAUUUUCUUUAUAAAGAUAUCGAUGAGUGCGUAUUGCAAACACACGACUGCUCUCCAAGUGGCGAAUGCACUAAUUUGGACGGAUCAUUUAACUGUGAAUGUCAACCAGGAUUCACAGGAGAUGGGAAAACAUGCACGGGUAGUUCAAGAGUAUAUAUUGUUUAUUUACUUGCUAUUUGUCUAUUUCUACAUAACAAUUUAUUAAGUUAAUUAUUUUCGAAUUUAUUUUUUAGACAUAGACGAGUGCACAUCAGAAAUUCACGACUGCUCUGCAAAUGGCGUAUGCAAUAAUGUGGACGGAUCAUUUAACUGUGAAUGCCAACCUGGAUUCUCAGGAGAUGGGGAAACAUGCAGUGGUAGGUCAAUAAUAUAUUUUCUUUCCUUUUUUCUCUAUUUCUGCAUAUCAAUGCUUUUAGUUUCUUCCUUUCUUAUUUAUUUUUUUUUACCUAUCAUAUUUUUAUAGAUAUAGAUGAGUGCACAUCACAAACUCACUACUGUUCUUCAAAGGGCGAAUGCAUUAAUAUGGAUGGGUCAUAUCAAUGUGAAUGCCAAUCUGGAUUUACAGGAGAUGGGAAAACAUGCAAUGGUCUUUGUCUAUUUCUGCAUAUCAAUGUGUUGAAGAUCUUAUUUUCUUAUUUAUCUUAUUUUAUUUAUUUAUUUACUUAUUUAUUUAUUUUUUUAUAGAUAUAGAUGAGUGCACAACACAAACUCACGACUGUUCUUCAAAUGGCAUAUGCACUAAUGUGGACGGAUCAUUUCAAUGUGUAUGCGAACCAGGAUUUACAGGAGAUGGAAAAACGUGCAGUGGUAGGAAAAGAAUACAAACUUGUCAUACAAAAACAAAGCCGGUCAAAACCCCCUUUAGGGACACCCGCUUAAAACAGACACCUCAUUAGUACGGACCGUUUGCCUUCUCACUGGGGAAAGAUAGCUCUUACAUGUUCUUUAAAUUCAACCUAGCUUAAUACGGACACCCCGUUGAUACAGACACUUUCUAUACCCCUCUGAGUGUCCGUAUUUUGCGGAAUUUCUCGGCUGCAUAUCAAAAGAGUCAGGAUCUUUCAUUAAUGACCAUAACCUGCCGUUUUAGGAAGAAGACUUAUGGUUAAAUGGAGGUGGCACCCUUGAAUUUCUUUGAAUUGUCGUUACUCCAGUUAUGUAUCGUAGCUUAUCGUUUACUCCCAAUCUACAACUGUGGGGAAAAAUCUAAGUAUGUGCAGCGUUUAUAUAUUAUAUUUUGCCUUCGCAUCUACAAUCUAAUAGAUAUCAACGAGUGUACGACGCUCAAUCACGACUGCUCUCCAAACGGCCGAUGCACCAAUGUGGACGGAACAUUCUUGUGCAAUUGUAACGCAGGAUUUACUGGAGAUGGGAAAACAUGUACUUGUAAGUUAUAACCGAUAAUGAACAAGUACCAAGUACUACAAAUGGUGUCUUUAUAAACAGAAUGUUUUCCUCCCUUUCUAAUUAAGUAUUCAAUUAGGUUAUUUGCAGCAUGAUCUCAGACUUGUAUUUAAUGGACAAAACGAAGAACGUGCUAUUUAUUGACUGCUGUCAUUUUCUUUCUGCUUCAUCCAUAAGGAUAAAUAAUAGAUUAUGAUGACACCGGAAUUGAGUCCUCCAGUUUCCAGCUAUAAUUUUUCGCGCGCUUGCAUGCGAUUGAUUUUCUUUUCCAAGAUUUACUUUGAAAAACAUGUUUUUUUGUUUUGUUUUCAUUUUGUUUUCCUUUUAACUAGACACAGCGAAAGUAAUCCCUUAUUUAAGAUCAAUUCUUUUGACCCUUGUAGUUUCCUGUUUCCUUAAUGCUGUUGGUGUUGCUGACAAAGAUAUUGUUCCUAAUGGCAAGAUGACAGCUUCUUCAAUGUACUGGAAAGAUUCAUUUGCAUACUAUGCUCGACUCAACGGAAAUAAAGGAUAUGGCUGGUGUUCAGAUGAGUGUUGUGAGAAUGAUGAGUGGCUUCAAGUUGAUAUCGGGAGAACCAUUGAAAUAUGUGGUAUCGCUACCCAAGGAUCUCCGAGAGGGCAAUAUUGGGUUGAAGAUUUUAAAUUUUCCUAUUCUACCGACGGAAGCAGUUGGACUACCUAUCAGGACCCAGAAGGAACUGAAAUGGUAAGAUGGAAUUAUCGUCACAUUAUCGUCAAUCCAAAAAACCUUUUAACUUCCCCACUUCAAAACACGUAG